CACACACACACACACACACACAUAUAUACUCACUCGGAAAGGAUAUUAGAUUAUCAAAAAUGAACAAGAGGAGAUAAAAAGACAGUAUAAAAAAUUGGAGUAAGUGGAAAACUUCAGAUGCAAUGAAAUGGUUGAAAAGUUCAAAUAGUGCCAGGUAAGGUUCCGAGUUUGCUGAAAUGUGUCAAGAUUGGAUCCCAGAUAAAAUAAAAUUUGUCUUUGGACCCUCUGUCUUUAUCUUUUCUAACUUUAUGACAUGCAUCAAGUCACUCAACCACAGAGACACUUUAGGGGGGCCUGUUGAUUUCCAGUGUAGUAAAAUUCUUCUGCGUACCAGCAGUGUUGUAAAGUGUUAUUGAUGUAUGUUUAUUGAUACUUUACUUAUUGUGUUGGGUUUGGCUACACACGUCAGUAAUUCAUUGUUGGAUUUGGUCGUUUUAAGGGAUUUGUUGCACCUAUCCUUUAAGCUACACAGGUAGCACCAGCACUCAGUGAGCCUUAUUACGAGACUGUGGAAUCCAACACUGGGGUGUGAGGAUCCAGCCACUUUACUCCGUGAUGAAAGUGUUGUCAUCCUGACACCGUCUCUGGUUUUCCUUUCCAGACUACAGUCAUCGAAUAUGUCAAACCCUCUGACCUCAAGAAGGACAUGAACGAGACCUUCAAGGAGAAAUUCCCGCACAUAAGGCUGACACUAAGCAAGAUAAGGAGCUUGAAAAGGGAGAUAAGAAAGCUGGCACAAGAUGAAUGUGGGUAUGAGGAACCGACAGUCGCCAUGGCUUUUGUCUACUUUGAAAAACUUGUUCUUCAAGGCAAACUAAACAAACAGAAUCGUAAACUCUGCGCUGGAGCUUGUGUCCUUCUGGCGGCAAAGAUCGGCGGUGAUCUCAAGAAACAUGAAGUUAAGCUUCUCAUAGAUAAACUGGAGGAGAGGUUCAGAGUGAACCGCAGAGAGCUGAUAGCCUUUGAGUUUCCCGUCCUGGUGGCGCUGGAAUUCAACCUGCACCUGCCCGAACACGAGAUCAUGCCCCACUACAGACGCUUGCUGCAGACUUCCUAGCAUUAGUGACCCAUCAGGAGGACGACCACCAGGCUCCUCCUGAUCCUCUGCUAUCCAUCCUCCAGCUUCUCUCCUUGUCUCCAUUGGACCACUUUAAGGUACGGCCGGCUGCCACUGAGCUGCAGCCGUUCAUCACUACCGACAACACUCUCCCUCCUCUCAUAGAAGUGAGAUCAGCCAAAGGGACACGCAUUUUUAAACAAACUUUUCUCCAUUGUUUGACUUCAGCAUUCAUCAUCACUACACAGACUUCUGAAAGAAAGGGUUCUACUGUUCGCAAACAAGUCGUUUUUCUAGUUUGCAUGUUUCACAUCUCCUUAUCCUCAUCACUUUGUGUAUUUUACUCCUCUCUUGUUGAUUAAGAGAGCUUUUUCCUUUCAAAUCUGAUGGACUUUUUUUUCUCGGUUAAAACAGCCAGUGAUUGUAAAUUUUUUUAUCAUGUCUUUUCAUUAAUCUCCUUCUUGUAAACUUUGGUAUGAUUGGUUGCCUCAUGACCUGCAUAAAAUUUAAACAAAGGC